AUGGCCGUUUUAGGAGAUGCCUCCUCUGGCAAGACAAGUUUCGUGAAUGCCCUGGCUGAAGAGCUCGUCCUUCUGAAUGAGAGAACCUCAUCAACUCUCCCAGCGCAAUGGCACGUGUCUGAAGAGGUGGAUGAAGGAGAGUGGCCGAGCCUGCUAUUGGAUGCAGCAGGACAGUUUCCAGACUGGGUGCAGCGGGCGUCAGCCAUGGCCAGAUCCUGUCGGAGGGUGCCAGCACAAUGUUUUCGAGGGAUCGAAGUCAUUGAAGUGUCUGCAAGUUUUGCUCAACAAGAUGUUGAGCCAAUUACAUGGAUCAUUUCGUGUGCAGACAUUGUGGUGUGCUUGCUGGACUCGCUGGCUAAACAACCUUCGGAAGAGCUGCUGACAUUACUGAAGACAGUUUCCAGUGCAGGCAAGCCCCCUGAGCUGCAAUUUUUGCUUUCACGUGCUGACCUCCUCAAGCGCGAGUCGGACAGAAUACAGCUCCUCGCCAAGGCAUCGCGCCUUCUCUAUGAAACAUUGGGAAGGCGUUUCGAGAUCAUUCCCAUUGCCACCGGGGACCUGGCGGUGCUAUUGGACGUUCUCGAUGCAGGCGAAAGUGGCAGCAAGUGGGAUGCUGGACGGCGUCGAGCUCUUCGAUUCUCACAGGAUCGGCUGGAGAUCUUGAAGUGCGACUGCGAGGCCAUCAUUCUGUGGAUACUGUGUGGAUGUAUUCGGACAUGA